AACUAACCUUCAUGUCCCCAACUUCGUUUGCAAGAAUAACAAGAUACGUUGCCCUUGUCACCUAGCAGAGGAAGAAUCGAUCCACAAUCGGGACAAAAUCCUGGCGCUGUCUUGAACGACACGGUCGUUGAAUUCACGCAUCUCGCGGAUAAUGAUAAUGCCAAUGUUGAAUCAUCGCAUGACCGUUGCUUUCCUCAUGAGUCUCACGUUUUUGCAACCGGCAAAUGGGAGGAAAAUGACAUUGUUCGAUUUUACGAGGAUGGAUAACGUGAACGAUUGGCAGGAGAUAUCGGAUACCGUAAGAACAGUCGGAAAAUCGAAAGCCACGCUGGUCUUGCAAAAAACUCAAGUCUUUCAGAGAGCAAUCUUUUUCACUCUUCUCAAUCCGCAACCCAACGGAGCUGGAUUUGCCGGUGUGAGAACCCGAGUACAUUUAAAUCUGACGGAUUUCGAAACUAUUGUGAUUACUUGUCGUGGACAAGGAAAGAAUAAUCAUUACAAGGCUGUCCUUAGACAUAAAGGAUUUGAUUCGAAUAAAGAUUUGAGUUACGAGCAAUUUUUCCAAGUACCGAUGUCGAACGAAGAAUUCUCAACUGUGUCCUUAAAGUUAGAUAGUUUUAAGCCUUACUAUCGUGGUCAAGAAAUACCAGAAGGGGAACCCCUGGACGUGGAAAACAUUACGAUGUUUGGCUUGCAAGUCUACGGAGGCGUUUAUUUACCUUUUAAACAAAGCGGCGUAUCAGCUUUGGAAAUCGUAACUAUUGAUGCAUUUUAAAUAUUUCUGGUGUUACUACGAUAUUUUAAUUUAUAUGAUAAUCGAAUAGUAAUAACAUUUGCUUAAAAGAAUCUCUGUGUAAUCUUAUUAAAAAAUGAUAUCCCUAUGAUAUCAAAAAUAUAUUCUUAUGUAAAAUACUUUUGUAAUCAAAAUAAAAGUAUGAAUAUC